GAGCCACAUGGGUACAAAGUGUCAGAGGUCAUGUUUGAACCCAGGACCUGUCUGUAGUUUUAGUUCUGUAUUCACUGGCCCAAAAUGGAAGAGGUUUUUUUUUUUUUUAACCCUUCCACUUUAGAAUCAUUUCUAAAAUAGAGGGCUAGGCAGUCAGAGUUAAGUGACUUACUCAGCAUCACACAGCUAGGAAGUGACUGAGGUCACAUUUGAACCCAGGUCUUCCUGACUCCAGAUAUGACGCUCUAGGCACCGGGUGAUCUGGCUGGGUCUAGUUCCAGGCAUUUUCAAUGGCUUCACCUCAUGUCUGGAAUAGUUUUCCUCCACCUUUCAGAUCACUGAUCCCUUUAAACUUCCUGUAAGUCACAACUAAAGACCAAAAACUCUACAGGAAACCUUCCCUCGUCCCUCUUAGUCCGAGUGCCUUCAUUCUUUCCAUUCUUCCCUACUUCUUCUAGACAGAGCUUGCUUUGUGUCUGUGUAUCGUCUUCCUCCCUCACUGGACUAUGAGCUCCUGGAGGGCAAGGACUGUCUUCAGCCUCUUGGGGAAUGGCCAGAAGUGCAGAAGAGGUGCUGAAUGUAGAGGGGACGGAAAUGACAGUUUCUGGUCCUUGACAUGCCUUGGCUGUAUCCCUGUCUUCUCGGUGUCUGCCUCCUCUUCUCCCCGGUGGUCCUGCAGCCCAACACAAGCAGCAUCCUUCUGGAGCAGGAGGUGGUGACAUUCCGGGAUGUGGCUGUGGACUUCACCCGGGAGGAGUGGCGCCUCUUGUCCCCUCCCCAAAAGGAGCUGUACAAGGUGGUGAUGCUGGAGAAUGCCCGGAACCUCUUCUCUGUGGAUGAGGAAAUAGAUUCGAUUAAAUGGCUUGUCCUGAGGCACCCACAUAGGAGUUUAGGAGUUUCUUCCAGAAUUUACCAGAACAGGAUGUGGAAGGGGGGCUGUUCAUUCAAGAUCCCCCAGCAGGGUAACAGGCACAUCCUACCCUGGACUCCUGAAUUACAGACACUGAGAGGGCUUCCAGCUCCCCCAGAAGAUGUGCUUUCUUCUUUGGAGCAGAGGGAAGCCCCAUGGAUGCUGGAACAAGAAGGCCCAAGGAGCUCGUGCCCAGAAGGAGAGAUCAGGUCUCAAAUGAAGUCAAAUCCAACAGAUAUGAGCCUUCCUGUGGAAAAAAUAGACCAACAUAGAUUCAUGAGUGAUGGUCCUGAUAACUUUACUUUCAGAGAAUUCUGUGUUGCAUCUCGAAAUUCAUCUCAUAUUGAACAUCAAAGAAUGCACACUGAGGAAAAAUCUAGUGAAAGUAAUCAUUGUGGAAAGACUUUUAUGCGCAGGGCCAGUCUUGCUGGACAUCAGAGAGUCCACACUGGGGAGAAACCUUAUGAAUGCAAGCAAUGUGGAAAGACAUUCACAGAUAACUCUAAUCUUGCUAAACAUCAGAGAAUCCACACUGGGGAGAAACCUUAUGAAUGCAAGUAUUGUGGAAAGACAUUCUGUCGGAGCUCCAGUCUUGCUGUACAUGAGAGAGUCCACACUGGGGAGAAACCUUAUGAAUGCAAGCAGUGUGGAAAGACAUUCCGUCAUAGCUCCUCUCUUGCUGUACAUCAGAGAAUCCACACUGGAGAGAAACCUUAUGAAUGCAAGCAGUGUGGAAACACAUUCAUUUGUAGCUCCAGCCUUGCUGUACAUGAGAGAGUUCAUACUGGGGAGAAACCCUAUCAAUGUAAGGAGUGUGGGAAGAUAUUCAAACAGUGUUCCACUCUUGCUGUACAUCAAAGAAUGCAUACUGGCGACAGACCUUAUAAAUGCAAGCAAUGUGGAAAGACAUUCAGUCAGAGUUCAUAUCUUGCUGUACAUCGGAAAAUCCAUAGUGGGCAGAAACCUUACAAAUGCAAGCAUUGUGGAAAGACAUUCAGUUUGAGCUCCUAUCUUGCUGUACAUGAGAGGGUCCACACUGGGGAGAAACCUUAUGAAUGCAAGCAGUGUGGGAAAACAUUCAGUCGAAGCUCCAGUCUUGCUCCACAUGAGAGAGUCCACACUGGGGAGAAACCUUAUAAAUGUAAGGAAUGUGGAAAAACAUUCAGUCAGAGCUCAUAUCUUGCUGUGCAUCAGAGAAUCCACACUGGGGAGAAACCUUAUGAAUGCAAGCAGUGUGGAAACACAUUCAGUUGCAGCUCUAGUCUUGCUGUACAUGAGAGAGUCCACACUGGGGAGAGACCUUAUGAAUGCAAGCAAUGUGGAAAGACAUUCUGUCAGAGCUCUGAGCUUGCUGUUCAUCAUAGAAUCCACACUGGAGAGAAACCUUAUGAAUGUAAGCAGUGUGGAAAGACUUUCAGGCUGAGCUCCCAACUUUCUGUACAUGAGAGAGUCCACACUGGGGAGAAGCCUUAUGAAUGCAAACAGUGUGGAAAGACUUUCAGACUGAACUCUGACCUUGUUGUACAUAAUAGAAUCCACACUGGGGAGAAACCUUAUGAAUGCAGGCAAUGUGGGAAGAUAUUCAGUCAAAGGUCCACUCUUGCUGUACACCAUAGAAUCCACACUGGGGAGAAACCUUAUGAAUGCAAGCAGUGUGGAAAAACAUUCAGUCGCAGCUCCAGUCUUGGUAGACAUGAGAGAAUCCACACUGGCGAGAAACCUUAUCAAUGCAUGCACUGUGGAAAGACAUUCAGUAGGAACUCCAAUCUUGCUGUUCAUCAGAGAAUCCACACUGGAGAAGAACCUUAAGAAUAGAAGCUAUGAAGAAAUUUGUUAAAUUGCAGCUCUAGUGUUAUUGUUGGAAUGAAAUUUACCCUUCCCUCUUUCUGGUUCAUCAUACCUUAUGUGAGCCUGAACUUGACUCAGGGGUGAUUGUUGCAUGAUUCAAACCAUUAGAUAAGGAUAGAAUGGCAGCAGGAAAAGUAAAACUAGAGCCAUGAGAUCACAGGAUGGGGGUAGGGAGAUGCCCCCUGGGCUGCCCAAGCAACAUAGAAAGCCAUGAUUGGCUCCUGAGAUGAAAUGAGUAUUAGUGGGCAGAGAAUAGCUUUGAUAAACUGAGGCAAGAGCAGAUAUUGAAGCUCUUCCCUUUCAGUUUUAUGCUGGCUGGACUUCCUUGUGAGCAUGGCUAGGGCAACCUUAUGGUGGCCACAGAAUAGCAAGCUAAAGGAGCAGUGAGUCAAAUAUAUCUCCUAUUUUUCUAUCUUUUCCCCCUACUACCCUUAGACUAAACAAAAUUAAUUCAGUGUUAGUCUCAUAAAUUCCCGUCUUAUACAUCAUAGAAACCAGACAUUCACACUGAGCUCUCAUCUUGCUCAAAAUCAGGUAAAUUCAAUCUACUAUGUCAUUAACUCUCCUAAGUUUAGGUCCAGAUGGGCAUAUCAUUUAGAACUAACAUGAUCCCACAAGAAAAUUAAGGGAGGGUGGAAGUUUACCUUUCUGAUCAACUCAUUAACAAGAGGAGGAGUUAGGAUCAAAUAAUAUCUAGAUACAAUCAUGAGGUAUAAAGUAGCUAAUUUUUAUUAUUAAAUUCAAAACUAAUGCAACCAAGAUUGAAAAUGGAAAGAAGUAAUCAUUUGUUUUACAACAGUAUGUCCAACUAAAUACUUCAACUUUUAAGGAUUCUAACCUAUUCUUGAAUGCCUUUAUUUCAUGGCACCUGGAUCUAAAGAGUUAAUUUAGGAAGGAAGUAAUGUCUUUGUUCUAUAGAAGUCAUUUGUAAAUAGCAUCAUUUAUUCUAUAAGAUUUUCCAAAAUAUUCCUCUAAGAGAAAAAUUGAGAUAAUAUUGUAGGUUUCAAAUAUGAAAUAAAAUUAUUAAUGUCCCAGUGA